GGUACAGCGCGCAGAAAGAAGAAGGUGGUACAUAGAACAGCUACAGCUGAUGACAAAAAACUUCAGAGUUCUCUAAAAAAACUGGCUGUGAAUAAUAUAGCUGGUAUUGAAGAGGUCUUGCCUGAAAUUUAGAAGCCCCUUUCUUCCCCUUCCUUUCUGGUGCUGUCUAUCAGUGGUGGUGAUCACCUCUGAGGAAGAAAAGCCCACUUGCACUGACCAUGGAGAACACUCAGCAUCUCUGCUUGAUUGUGACAAGGGCAGUUUUUGGAUGGAUCAUGAAAUGCUUCUAAAGUAGCCAAGAGUUAACUUUCGUAACCUUUUUAUAUAAUAAGCAUGUUACCACCAAGGUGAACAUGAUUAAAGAUGAUGGGACAGUUAUUCAUUUCAACAAUCCCAAAGUCCAAGCUUCCCUUUCUGCUAACACCUUUGCGAUUACUGGCCAUGCUGAAGCCAAACCAAUCACAGAAAUGCUUCCUGGAAUAUUAAGUCAGCUUGGUGCUGACAGCUUAACAAGUCUUAGGAAGUUAGCUGAACAGUUCCCUCGGCAAGUGUUGGAUAGCAAAACACCAAAACCAGAAGACAUUGAUGAGGAGGAUGAUGAUGUUCCAGAUCUCGUAGAAAAUUUUGAUGAGGCAUCAAAGAAUGAAGCUAACUAAAAUUUUUUCUGGUUUUUGGAAGCUGGCAUGGACUAGAUUUAACAAAUCAGCUAUGUGGUUCCAAAGUUUUACAGACACGGAGAACAUCAGCUGUUACUAGUUCAGUAAUAUAAAUAUUUUGUAUAUUAAUAAUGCUGUUUGUUCAGCAUUUUUCGAUCAUUUGAUUUUGCAUUUUGCACUUCCUCCCAGGAUCUAUUCUUUUGGUCAAAAUACGAAGUGUUGGUGCAGUUUGAGGGUGUUUUGGGUUUUGAUUCUUGGUUUUUUUGUUUUGUUUUUUGUUGGGGUAUUUUUAGUGUGUGUAUGUGUAUGUAUGUGUGUGGGUAUGUGUGUAUACAGUGGAGAGCAAAUUGGAAAACAGUUUUAUUUAUCCUCCUCCUUACCCCAGUAGAAAUAAAACAAAUCUUUACAUUUGUUACUUUUUAUUUUUUCUAAUGAUGCACAGAAUUAAUGAAAAGUGAGUAUCUUGGAUUUCAAAUCAGGAGAUUUUACCCUUGGAGGUUUGGUUUUAAUUUGCUUCGUUAACAUAUUUCUCAUACAUUUUUCUGGGUUUAAAAUGUCUUGAGAUAUUUUGUCACCAGCUUCAUGCUGGCAUAAUGGGUAGCAUAUCUUUGGUGCAGUUGCCUUAGAUUCACUUACCUAGUUAGACCCAGAGGAAUUUCUUCUACUAGUUUUUGUCCUAAAUGCCUUGUUUUCUCCCCUUUUGGUCUCUAAAUGGCCUGGUUAGCCUUUAGUAAUGCUCUUCCUCAUCUUCCAUCUAGCCUGAGAAGGAUGUUCUCCAUAUAGAGUUAAGUGAGUGCCUAAUCCCUCUUUUUGUAAGAUUGUUCCCACAUCUUGAGGAACAACAGCUCCAUCUUCAACUUCUUAUUCUUUUGAUUUUACAGUUUGGUAGAUUUCAAACUGGAAUAGCUAGCAUGUGCUUGCUAAAUAAUUUUAUGCCAGCCUUAUCCUGUAUCCUAGCUGUUCUUAAUAGCAGGUGCAAAAAUGCCUCUUUUUCAGCAAGGUUGAAAUUGGGAAUGUCCUUUUGAAUCAGAAAAAAUGGGCCAUAGACUCAUUCCCCAGCACAAAUGGGCAUUCUAUGAAAUGGUACUGGCCCCAGGAGGAUUUCUUCAACCACUCCUCUACUCUUGGCCUUGAACCUACCUCUGGAUUGGAUCUUACUAUUGUAGCUGCUCAUAGCAUCCUCCUGCAUGCUUAGAGUAAUGCUUUGGGGGAACACUUGUAAAACACAGUAUUUAUUUUUUCACCUCCUUUCAGAGGACUUGGAGGUAAGUUGCAUUCAUUCAUUGACGCUUCCCUCUUGCCGUCUUAUAAAAGCUUGCACUUUGUUAUAUCAGCAUUUGUUAUAGCCAAUAUUUAAGGAUAAGAUUUAGAAAGUCUAUCAUGGCCCAUCAUCAAACUAUGGCUUAACCUUGCAGCAUAUCAACUUUUGUUUCAAGCUAGAUAUCUUUAUUUGAUAUCUCUAGUGCAAGACCAACAUAUCAAGAGAUCUAUAAACACGAAGGCAAAGGUCUUGUAUUUUUUUCCAUCCAGACACCUCAAUUUAUUUUAUACAUUUGUUGAUUUUCCCUGUUAUGUUUUAUAUAAUAUAUGGAGUUAACUACAAAAUAAAAUAACAGUAAUAAAAUAACAAAAGAGGAUAAUAUUUCCUCUUGUGCUUCUC